AUGAGGGUCAGCUGGAUUUACCGCCUUAACAAGGAGCAGCUUAUCGCCGAGCUGCAGGGGAGAAACCUCAACUGUGAGGGUACCGUAGUAGAGCUUCGCCAACGAUAUGCCCGAAAGAAUCCACAGGAUUUCAUCGGAAAAGCAGAACAUCCAAAUGGGCAUGACGAAGAAGCCGAUUUGAAACAAGACCUAAAGCACGAACGCUACGAAUUAAUCCAACGAACACUUGAAGAGACCCGCAACGCCGGACGCUCAUCCACCCCGACCGGAGAUCCACCGGAAAUACCACCAGGAGAAAACAAAGUUCUCGACCAAAUACGCAAAUGGAACUGUCAUUUUGAGGGAAGAGAUGUCUACUCUUUCUUAGAACGUGUCCGGGAACUACAGGCAUCGAACGGAUUUACCGGUGAACAGUUGCUGCAAGGAGCCCCGGAACUGCUGCGAGGAGAAGCCCUGCAAUGGCGACGCCAUUACGCCAGCGAAUGUCGGACCUGGGAGGAGCCCGAAAUCAGGUUAAGAAAUUUUUAUUUAUCGAGCGGAGAGCGACGGAAUCUAACAAGACAAGUCACCGAAAGGGUUCAAAAACCCAACGAGAACAUAAGGUCUUACUGCAAUGCAUUGACGACCCUGAUGAGAAGAAGGGGAGGAUAUACGUUGAUAGAGCAACUCGAUAAUAUAUAUUACAAUAUGAAACCCGAGUUACAAUUAUGGGUGCGCAGGGAGGAGAUAACCGACGUACCUCAGCUCAUACAGCGCAUAGAAGGAUACGAAGAUAUUGCUGCAAAACUGCGCGAACAAGAACGGAAAACCGCCAUCAAUAGCGCAUCCACAAGACGGCGUUCUCACAAGAGAUUGCCACGGAUACCCGGAUCGUUCGGGAAACACGCCAAGGGACGGCUCUACAGUAGGGGGAGCCUGUCCCAAGACUUCCGAUACCUCGUAAAUGUACAAAUAAACUAUGAGACGGUGCUGGCAUUGGUCGACCCAGGGGCCGUGAGUUCGUUCAUAACACCAAAAACCGCCAUGAUCGGACGAAACAACGUCAGCGACGUCGGCAUUCAGGAAAUCUCGAAAGAUCAGCAGACACGAGUGGACGAACUCAUCCAAUAUGAAAAAGAACUCUUCGGAAGUAUCCAGGGCCCCACACCACUCAUCGAAUACGCCAUAAAGGUAACCGAAUCAAAUCCAGUCAAACAACGCUACUGGCCACACAACCCCGCCAUGCAACAAAUAAUCGACAAGGCUGUCGAAGAAAUGUUACAGGAAGAUGUGAUUCAGCCAUCCGACAGCGCUUGGAGCUUCAACAUAAUUCUCGCAAAGAAAAAUGAUGGAAAGACGCGCUUUUGCAAAAACUUCCAGAGCAUCAACAAAAUCAGCAUCAAAGAUGCACACCCGCUACCACAAGUUCACGCGACACUAAACAAACUCCGGGAAGCAAAGUACCUAACCACGAUCGACCUGAAAAAUGGAUACUGGCAAAUACCGCUGUCAGAGGAAAGUUCUCUUCCAUACGGUUUACACUCGGCACCAGCAGCAUUCAUGCGGCUAAUGAACGCAGUUAUCACACCAGAUUUAGAACCAAAUGUGUUCUGUUACCUCGACGACAUAGUUAUUAUUACAGAGGACUUUGAGCAGCACCUACAGCUUAUUAGCGAAACCUUCCGCCGAUUACGGGAUGCCAAGCUGAAGCCGAAUUCGGAGAAAAGCCACUUUUGCAGAAAACAGCUGAAAUACCUAGGUCAUGUCGUCGACGAGGAGGGGCUACACACGGACCCAGAAAAAGUAAGGGCAAUCACCGAUCUGCAACCGCCAACGAACCUCAAAGAGUUACGCCGGUUUUCAGGAUUAAUAUCCUGGUACAGGAGGUUCAUUCCGCAAGUAGCAAAGAAAACGGCCCACAGUGUUCCCAAACGCCGAAAAAGUGAUCAAAAGUCUUGA